CAUACACACGCAGAUACACACACGCUUGCACACGCAGGCACGUGACUCCAAAUGGCCGCUGUCGCUUCCUCAGCCUCGCGCGGAGCUCCGUUCCCACUUCCCGUCUCUCCGUCCGAGGCUUUCCAACGCGCGCGCCGUUUCUAAGCCUGCUUUCCUGUUUCCCAUUUGGAGGUCACUUGUGCACGGGGAGGGUUACACACACACACACACACACACACAAAGAGCAAGAAAAACGCCGGCACGACACCCUGGAAUAACAUCAUCACCGCUCAUCAGAACCGAACCGGCGAGAAGAACUCGAUCAGUCGAGACACGCCGGUGGGCGGAGCCAACAGGUUCCAGCUUCCAGGCGCAGUGUUGUCCUGCCAUGUUCGACAGAUAUAAAAUGUUUAAUAGAGGAAAUUUCUGAAGGGCCUCGAGCGGCUCGUAAAAAAGGCGUGAGAAGGGAGCGUUUAACGAACGUCGCCGCCUUUUCUGCUGCGUUCACAGACGUCCAUUGUGCUGUAAAUGUCAAGGCUUCACAAAGGACCUCUCGGAUAUGCUGAUCCAGACGAGAGGCUCUUACGUUGUAGUCCUGAUGGCAGCCAUCUUGCCUGUUGGACUGAAGAACAUCAGGCCUAAUGUGAAAAGGACACACACUAGAUCAGUGGUGGCUCAUGAGAAGGGAAACAGGGAAAAGAGGACAUAAAAAUAAUGGCUGCUCACUUCAUUUCAAAUUACAGAGGGGAACCUUCUAGAAGCUUCUCGGAACAUCAGGUUUCUUCCUAACGUGACGUCUUCUCCCUCCAUCACCGGCUGGACGCUGCUAUACGAGGGCGAGCUCUCCAUCCAUCUUGCCAUUCCUCCAUCCCUUUUUUUUUAACACUGCAGAGUUUUCCUUCAAGAAGCAGAAACUACCUGAAGGAUCUGGAGCCUUGUACACACAAACGUACACAAUCACACAUACUUAUAUGCACACACUUUGGAUGGGGGAGGAAUCCCCGUGACUUUUCCUUGAAGUGGCCAUUUUGGAUUCUGUGGAUUAUACGUGUCCUGCGGCAGCCAUGUCGGGAAAGGGCUUUCCUGUGGCUCACUUCUCCUACUUCCUUCCUCACAUGAUUGGUGGGCUUUCGCCACCCUCGAUACCCACAAUGUCUGUGAGCGGGUACAGCACGCCCUCACCAGCCACCGUGGAGACGCAGAGCACGAGUUCGGAGGAAAUCGUCCCCAGUCCGCCGUCUCCUCCUCCACCACCGAGGGUCUACAAACCCUGCUUCGUCUGCCAGGACAAGUCCUCUGGCUACCACUACGGCGUCAGUGCCUGUGAAGGAUGCAAGGGCUUUUUCCGAAGGAGCAUCCAGAAGAACAUGGUGUACACGUGUCACCGGGAAAAGAGCUGCAUCAUCAACAAGGUGACGCGGAACCGCUGCCAGUACUGCCGCCUGCAGAAGUGUCUGGAAGUAGGCAUGUCCAAGGAGUCGGUGCGGAAUGACAGGAACAAGAAGAAGAAGGAGGAGAAGAAGGUGGAGUGUGUGGAGAGCGGUGUGCUGAGCGCUGACACAGAGCUAAUGAUCGAGUCUGUGAGGAAAGCUCACCAGGACACAUUCCCUUCACUCUGUCAGCUUGGCAAAUAUACCACGAGUAACAGCUCGGAGAGACGCGUCUCACUGGACGUUGAUCUGUGGGAUAAAUUCAGCGAGCUGUCCACCAAGUGCAUCAUCAAGACGGUGGAGUUUGCUAAGCAACUUCCCGGCUUCACCACGCUCUCCAUUGCUGACCAGAUCACACUGCUCAAAGCCGCCUGCCUCGACAUUCUGAUUCUGCGUAUCUGCACACGCUACACACCUGAGCAGGACACCAUGACUUUCUCAGACGGGUUGACGCUGAACCGCACGCAGAUGCACAAUGCCGGCUUCGGACCACUCACGGACCUGGUGUUCGCCUUCGCCAACCAGCUGCUGCCCCUCGAGAUGGACGACGCAGAGACGGGCCUGCUCAGCGCCAUCUGCCUGUUGUGUGGGGAUCGUCAGGAUCUGGAAGAAGCCGAUAAGGUGGACGUGCUGCAGGAGCCACUGUUGGAGGCACUGAAGCUGUAUGUGAGGAAGAGGAGGCCACACAAACCCCACAUGUUCCCCAAGAUGCUGAUGAAGAUCACAGACCUGCGGAGCAUCAGUGCCAAGGGGGCAGAGCGAGUGAUCACACUGAAGAUGGAGAUCCCUGGCUCAAUGCCUCCUCUCAUCCAGGAGAUGCUGGAGAAUUCAGAGGGGUUGGAGAGCACAGGGAGUGGAGCUAAUGCACGGUCAAACCCCGCUCCUUCAGGCAGCUGCAGUCCCUCACCCACGCCUAGCUCUGCCCAUAGCAGCCCAUCCACGCAGUCACCCUGACACUCACACAGAGACAGACAAUAUCCUCCUCUUCCUCUUAGCCCCGCCUGCUCAGUGCUGCAGGGGCUCGGUCGUCCGCCGCAUCACUUGCCUCUCUCCGCUGCUGUAAAGACUCAUCAGACGUUCGGUAGAGAGAACAUUUUACAGACACGUAAACGUGAACAAGAGCGAAGAACUCAGAACUUGUGUGGACUUUUUUUUUCUUUUUUUUUCCUCCAACAUCUCAGGCCUGGACUUCACCACGAUGAAUAAACGAUGGACUUGGCCUAGUUUCCAAAAGGCCUUUUUUUCUUUUUCUU